AUGCGUCGCAAAGAGACGCUCCUGGUGCAUAACAUCCCCAAAUUCCGCGAGCUUCAUCGUUUGUGCUCUGGCAAGCAUGUGCAUCUGGGAUGGGGCCGGGUCGGCCGUGCGUGGGCAACAAGCGCUGAGACGGCCUACCCCUGGGGCUUCUGCAAAUGCAUGGCGAGCUUGCUGAAAGAUCACUUUUUGGAACUUGGCUGUCGCCAAUCUCCCAAAGCUAUUGAUGAUGGCGCGCCCAUCAUCCAAGGCGCUCGUGCCUUCACUGGAGCCCAAACUCGCAAGCGCGUGCCUCCGCUGCUUAGCGAAUUCGCUUCGGUUCACACUGUCACUGUGCCGUCCAAUCUUGCCGCUUCUUUCUUGCGCCCUGGCCAGAAGCUUCCGUCUCCGUGGAAGCCCGGAGAUGCUGCUGCUUGUUCUCCGCCAAUCGAGUGCUUUCCGGCAGGUAGCCGUGUCCUUCGUGCCCAUGUGGUGCGCAAGGGGAUUGAGGCGUCUCUCGGACUGAAUCCUGACGAUACCGAGGUUCGAGAAGCCAUGAUGUCGGGCUCUGCUGAGCGGGUGGCUUCGCUUAUAAACAAGUUGCCUAAGGUACACCGCAAAGACUUGUCCCUGUUGCUUGACUUGCUUCCUUCAGAACCUCUUCGCUGGGAUGGCGAUGCUGGAGCGAAAUCGUUCCAAGGUGGCAGCUUUGUUCACGGCCCGAUGUGCGGGGUGCGAUCAACGACCAAACAGUUCCCGGAAACUGUGAAAGCAAUGUGCUCUUAUGUCAAGGGCCUUUUUCCAGGUUUGGAGUUCGGAACUGUUGGGAUGUUCAGGGAUGUGUCAGCUCAACCACAUCGGGACUCGAAUAAUGAAGUCUCCACAGACAAUGCAAUUGCUGCGCUAUCAGAUUUUUCUGAUGGCUCCCUGUGGAUGGAAGAUCCUGCGGGUGACGUCGAGCUUGAAAUCAAAGGUCGCACAGUGAGAGGUGUUUGCAUCCCCGUCACUCAUGAAGGCUUCAGGUUCGAUGGCCGUCGCCUUCAUUGCACCAGCCCUUGGACAGGCCGGCGUGACGUUAUUGUUGCGUACAUGCCGAGGGGGCCUAAGAACCUUAAAGCUGAGCACGCCUCUUUCUUGACGAGCCUGGGAUUUGUGCUUGAUCGAGCGACCUCGGGGUCCCAAGUCUCGCCUGGGGACGUGACUAAGGCUGUCAUUGGUGUGUACCGCACACCAUCACAGUUUGUUGAACAGGCAAUCAAGGUUGGGCACCCCACGCAGCUCUCCGCCCUCAUGCCCUCCGAGAUCUCCUGUGCCGUCCGGAGAAUCCAUAAAGAAGGUGAGGCCAAUGUGGCCAAGGAGCGCACCGCAACACUUCGCCGGUGGGUUAGCAGAGCAGCCGAUUUAGAGCCAGCCGAGCGCGCGCUAAAGGAGCUGUUGCUUGAAGUGGGACAUGAGGACGUUGACCUUGUCAAAGACAUUGCUCAUGGGUUUGACUUGACGGGCAAGCUGCCUAGAUCGAAUGUUUUCGCUAAACGCUUUCGUCCUGCGGAGCAGAGUGAAUCUCAGCUUCGAUCCAGCGCUAAGAGACUGCGUGAUGGUCUUCUGGCCACGAUCAAAGCUUCGGAGGAUCCUGUGAUUGACCAGGGUGUUCUUAAAGCGACGAUGAAAGAACUUGAGCGCGGCUUCGUUGAUGGACCUUUGUCUCCAGACCAGAUCCCUGAAGAUGCGUCCUUGACGCAUCGUUUCGGAGUCAUUCAAGGGAGCAAUGAAGAAGGUCCAAAGGUGAGGCCCAUAGAUAAUUACCUGUCUUCUCAAGUAAAUGCUGCAGUCACGCAGGUUGAGCAAGUCAGCGUGCACACCAUUGACGUGGUGGCCGGGAUGCUGGCCUGCUGGUUGAAUGAGUGGUUCAUCAGCGGGCGCCCAGAGCACAGCACGCCAGUGUGCAAGGCGUGGGAUCUGCGUACCGCCUAUAAACAACUCCCCCUUUCGGAUUUGGCUUAUGCCUUAGAUAGUUUCUUUGUGCUCUUCAACAUUGAGCGUGGGGCGAGCGAAAUCUAUCGCCAGCGAGUGCUUCCCUUCGGCUCAACGGCCAGUGUGACCAGCUUCAUAAGAACGGCUUACGCCAUUUGGAAAUUAGGUGCCGUAGGGUUGACUCUUGUCUGGAGUGAAUAUUUUGACGACUACUUGAACCUUUGCGGCAAAGCCUUUGCUCGGCAUAACGACUUUGUAAUCUCCAUGUUCUUCCAACUGCUGGGGUGGGAGAUCUCGAAGGACAAGGAGCUCAACUACGAUGCACUUUGCGUCGUCCUAGGAGUGCAAGUGAACCUUCGUGAUGCCAAGCUCGGUUUGGCUUACUUGGAGAACACCGUGAAGAGGCGGACUGAGGCGUUGUGUGACAUUGAGCGGGCUUUGGCAACGGGGAAGCUUGAACCUAAAGAAAGUGAAAAGCUAAGGGGUCGGUUGCAGUUCGCCUGUUGCCAAAUUUUUGGUCGGCGACCAAAGGCGGCUCUGAAGUUGUUGUCGCAGCACUCCAGGCAACGCAGAUGGGACGUUAACCAACUCACGCGGCUCGCACUCACUCAGCUGAAAAGUUUCUUUGAAAGUUCCAGGCCACGUCCAGUCAGGGCGCGACGUGAAGACUUUGUCCAUGUGUAUGUGGAUGCUUCUUUCGAGCCAAACGGCCAUUGUGGUUUGGGGGGAGUAGUCUUCAACUCUUCUGGUGAGGCGUUGUGCUGGUUUGGUCAAGCUGUUUCGCCAGUACAUGUGCAGAAGCUUUUGAAAGCUGGUGACCGCGAAAGAGAGACAGUGAUUUUCGAGCUCGAGGCGCUUGUGCUCAGCAUUUUUGUUUUGAGGCCUUUCGCCCUUACGUCGAGAGGAAAGGUGUGGUCAUUUUCACUGACAAUGAGGGCGUGUUCGGAAGCUUCGUCAGAGGCCAUAGUGACAAUGCUUCUUGUGCUGCCUUGA